AUGUGCCUCAAGAUGUCGUCAUGGACUUACCUUCCAACUCGUCAAAGGUUCGCCGUCUAAAGUGUUUGGGAUGGAGAGCAAUAGCGGAAUGCAGACUAAAUGGGAGUCGUCUACCUCAAUACGACCGGGACUGUAACAGCACGAUCUCGGAUGGCACACCGGGAUACUGUGAGGUUGAGGACCUGGACUCCAACGAGAGAUUCAUGGUCAUGAAGCGCACAUGCGAUAAAGGACACAAGGAUACUGUGUUUCAGUGUAUUCAUGCACCAGGAUUCGCGAACUUCCGAGCACAAGCACAACAAGUCAUGGAUAAGGCCCUUGUACCGGAAUACACGCUACCCAACAUGGAUGAUAGGUCUACGAGUCCGUCGCAGGGAAUCGUCAUGGUAGUUUAUCCGAAGCUGGUGGCCAGUGUAUAUGCUACUGUUCGAGUACUCCGUGAGGUGCUACAUUGUAAACUGCCAAUCGAGAUCUGGCUACGAUCCGAUGAAAUGAACAAAGUACCAGGAGCUCUCGAACCGCUCUUGGAUCUGGAGAGGAACAAGUCGGCGGGACAAAUUACGUUCCAGGCGAUCCGCCACCGACAAGCAUUGCAAUUCAAUUCGAAGGUCUACGCCAUCUUCAACAGCAAGUUCCAGCAGGUUUUGUUCUUGGACGCCGACAAUGCUCCAGUCAAAGACCCCAGCUACUUGUUUAAGACACCAGAGUUUGAAAAGUCUGGUGCUGUCUUCUGGCCUGACUUCUGGCACCCUGGACAAACGAUCUUCGGUAUUAACCAGACCUCGCUCGUUUGGCAACUACUGGACAUGUCAUUCGUCGAUAUGUUCGAACAGGAGAGUGGUCAGAUACUUGUCGACCGAAAGCGGCACGCAGCUCCCCUCGCACUAGUACUCUUCUAUGCGUUUCACUUACCCAACUACUUCAAUCGACUCAAGCUCGCAUGGGGCGACAAGGAUUUAUUCCGCUUUGCGUGGUUGAAACUUGGUGCAGAUUUUCACAUGAUCGAAAAACUUCCUGCCGUCGCUGGAGAGGUGACUGGAGAAGUGUUUUGCGGGAUGACAAUGGCACAGCACGAUCCCAGAGGAGACGUAAUCUUCUUGCACCGCAAUCAGCUCAAGCUGACAGGGAAUCCCAAGGUUGAGAACUUCGAUCCUCGUCUUAAAAGAGUUUUUGGAAAUGUUCAAUUCUCUCAACGUGUUAUCAGCGAGGAUGGGUAUCCAGAUCCGGCGAUAUGGACACACUUGGUUUCCUUUCGCGAGGACUCUCCUCGGACUGAGUAUAUUAUCCAGAAGCACGGCGCCAUGAACAAAUUUACAGGAAUGCAGCGAUGUUUUGGAGGGCGUGGGCUCCACAAGAAUCCACACUUUUACACGCAAGAAUUUGCUGAUCUCAAUUUCGCCGGGUUAGAAUUACGCCUUCGGGAAUUUGCUAUGAACGGAGCUGAGCUCCAACAGAAGAAGAUAAACUCUGCAACGUAGGAUAGUGUAUGUGUACAUGAAUUGUUGCGUGAAAAACCAAACACUAAUUAAACGUUGACGACUG